AUGCUUUUCAAGCCGGCGUUGAUUGUGGUGGAUCUCCAGGAGGACUUUUGCCCUCCAGAUGGGGCUCUCGCUGUCCAAGGUGGCCGCGACAUUGUACCGCUCGUCAACGACCUCCUGACCCUGCCUUUCCACGCCAAAGUGGCUACAAAGGACUACCAUCCGCCCGAUCACAUCUCGUUCGCAUCGAAUCAUGAGCCUCCGAAUAAUGUCCCGUUCAUUUCAGUGAUUACGAUCAAGAAUCCGCUCAAUGCCGAGGAGGUCGAGGAAACACGAUUGUGGCCCGAUCACUGUGUUCGAGGGACCAAGGGGGCCGAACUUAUCCCAGAGCUGGAUACGUCCAAGUUUGAUCACAUUAUAGAAAAGGGACAGGAUAAACGGGUAGAGAUGUACUCUGCAUUUGCGGACCCUUUCCUGAGCCCCACGGUCUCUCGCAGUGAACUGGCACCGAUAUUGCAUGAUGCAGGUGUUACAGACGUGUACAUAGUGGGCCUUGCUGCGGACUACUGCGUCAAGUACACGGCUGUCGAUGCGCGCAAACACGGUUUCAACACAUGGGUGGUAGGGGACGCGACGCGUGCAGUCGAUCCGUCGUCGUUGCCAGAGGUGUACAAGGUGUAUGAGGAGAUGGGAAUCCGUGUGAUUGGCAAGGAUGACGCCUUCCAGCGCAUAAAGGACGUCGACCGAGUCGCAUAG